AUGGAAUCCCCCGUUGUUGCAGUUGUCACUGGUGCGAAUCGUGGUAUUGGCCUCGCAAUUUGCACUGUUUUGGCCCAAACUUUUUCCUCACCUUUAAUUCUAUACACUGCCUCACGCUCCGGCGGAUCUCUGGAUCUUAGAGGUGUUAGCAAGAGCCGUUCCGUCGACCUCCGCCCGAUCCGACUCUCACUCACUGAUACUGCGAGUAUCACGGCGCUCAAGGCCACUGUUGAGAGUGAGUGUAAUGGAUGUGAUAUUCUGAUUAAUAAUGCAGGUCUUUACUACUAUCGCACAACAAUUUCCGCCGCGGAGCGGAGGGAGACUCUGGAUGUGAAUUAUCGAGGUACCCUCAAGCUAUGCGAGGCUUUCAUUCCUAUCAUGCGCUCCAAUGGCCGCAUUGUUAACCUAUCCUCACAAUCCGGUCGAAUGCUCUAUUUUAGCCAGGGGCUACAAGAGCGCUUCCUUGACCCAAGCCUGACACUGGACAAGCUAGACUCCCUAAUACAGGAAUAUGAGCAAGCCGCUGCUAGUGGGAAAGCAGAAAAGAUGGGUUGGCCGGCUCUCGCUUACUUUACCAGCAAGGCUGCCGUAAAUGCUACAACUCGAAUUCUUGCCAGCGAAAACCCGCAUCUUCUAAUCAACUGUUGCUGCCCGGGCUGGGUUGCUACUGACCUAGGGGCGCAGGCCGGCCCACCACCAAAGACAACCAUUGACGGUGCAAAAAUACCCCUACGCCUAGCAUUUGGCAAUAUUGGAGGCGUAAGUGGGCGGUAUUGGGCAAAUGAUUCCGUUGGGGGGAGUGGGGAUGGUGAGAUUCAAGAAUGGUGA